ACAUUUAAAGAGAAUAAAGGGAACGAGGAGGUGCAAAGAUAGGGAAGUUCAGCUGGAAGCUCUGUUUACCUGUUCUGUUGCUACAAGAUUUUUUGGCCCCUAACGUGAGGAUUCAGGUCUUUCUGACCGAUCAGAAGAGGAAGUGAAAAAAUUCCCCUGACAUGAACAAUUGCACUUCAGUGCUCAGAUUUCACUCCUGAGCGUGGAGCUGGAAGGCAAGGAGGAAACUCUUAUGGUGAAGAAGACUUGGAGGGGGAGAAGCAGAGAAGAGGACAUGUCCAGUGAAAUCGUUUGCCUUUUGUACUAGAGGAAGGAGUCCUGGGACUAUUUCUGAAAUGACGCUGAAUGGAAAAAAUGGGUGUGAAGGGAGCUUGAAUGCUUCAGGAUAGGAAGAAGGGGACUGAAGGAAUACAGGCCACAAGCAAGAAGGGGACAGAAUGGGGAACUGCUGUCGGAAAUAUUGUGCUUGUCUGGAGCCCUAUAUGCCUUGGCUUUUCAAUUGUGCGACUGAGGAUAAGUCUAACCCAACUACCGUCAAUUCGAAUGUGAGGCCAGACUCCCAGGACACCAUCUGUAUACACAUCCCAGACCCACCGCCUCUUCAUCCAUCAAAGCAGACUUGCAAAUAUGUGGCCCUGUUUGAUUACCAAGCCCGUACAGAGGAAGAUCUGAGCUUCCGAACUGGAGAUAAGCUUGAAGUGCUGGAUAAAUCUCAAGGGAGCUGGUGGUUUGCGAAGCUGCUUGUGGAGAACGGGUCUGCUAAGCAUGGACAGAAGCGGCAAGGUUACAUCCCUGCCAACUAUGUGGCUCCUGACCAGAGCAUUGAAGCUGAACCGUAAGUUCUGAAAUGUAUAUUGUUACAUGGUACAGCUGACAUAUAGCAAUAGCUAGACAGAGAGCUGCGGGGUGGGGGGGUGGGGAUGGGGAAUGACAGCAACUUCAGGUAACAAGGAAAUUUGGAGUAAGAAUAGUUUCUGUCAUAUAGACAUAACAAAGCAACAUAGGUUGCUUCCAGAUGACCUGUUUAUUGAACAUUCAUUCUGAUUUGUAUGCAUGGAGAUUGCAGACAACAUCCUAUCAAGCAAUGGUUAUCCCACACUUCCUUGUGCAUUUCCCCAUCACUUUCAUUGCCACAAAAUCCUUUAAAAAAAAAAGCAGCAUGUUUGUUGAGCAAAAGUGCCAAAUCCACUUUAAGUGUACAACCUGAUUUUGCCAAUAUGCAGUUGCAUCCCACCUGUGAAAUAAUGACAAUCUGAAAGUGGUAAUUUAGUAAUAUCUUUUAAUUAAAGCAAUAGAGCAAAAUAGUGAGCUCGGUCAGAUGUGAUAAUAAACCAUGAUUUAUUGUGAUGGGAAUGAGCUGCAACAAGUCUUGGGGUUACAUACUCCCAGAUCUGCCUCUGGCAAGACUAUGAGGAAGAAAUUUGAGCUGUUCACUUCCUUUUUAAAAAAAUUAACCAUAGGUUGUCAUUUCAUCCAAACCUGAUAAACCGCAAUUAAUAUUUAUUAUGGUUUAUUCAAAACAAGCCAACUUCAAAUGAUGGGAUACAAAGCUGUUUUGUUCAAUUAACCAGUUAAGAAUAACCACAGUUUAGGAUUUGGUUGCACUGCUAAACUGCAACUUGUCAAAAGCAGAAGUGAAACUUUUGAUCUCUACACGGCCACACCAGUAUGGUGGAAUCGUGUGAGCUGGAAGUUCUCUGUGACUUGUUCCCAUCACAAUAAUGAAAGCCUAUUGCCUACCAAGCAAUGCUUAAGCUUUUCUUAUUAACAUAUAAGCAACUCAGGGCCAGUUUACCUGAAGGACCACCUUCACUCUCUGUAAGAUUGAUUAAGAUAUUCAGAGGAGGCCUGUUGGCCACACAACAAUCUGCAGAUUGUCAUCUAGCAAAAACAUAUAAAUGGGCCUUUUCUGUGGUGGUACUGUAGAAGCUUCUCCCACCCCCAUUAUUUGGGCAGCAUCAACAGUACCCUGCUUCUAAUGUUUACUGAAAACACAUCUCUUUGCUUAGACGUUUCCUGAUCAUCAAUACUGGAUUCUACAACCGUAUAUUUCUUGAUAUUCUGAUAGCUGCAUUUUGAAAUAGUUUUAAUGGAUGUUUUUGUGUUGUGAACCGCUUCAAGAUUUUCUUAGCAGUAAGAAAUAUAACACUAUUUAAAAUAAAUAAUAAUAAAAUAUUAAGCCAUGGGUUUUCAUGACUUACAAACCAUCACAUCACUGCUGAAAUUGUGAAGUGGUGCAAGCAAAUUGAUAGGAGUUCAUAGGAUUGUAUGCAAUGCUGUUCUUCUUAUGACAGAAAGCCCUUUGAGCCAGUGGAAGCUUCUAGUCAGCAGGCAAGAGGGGGAGGGGAGUGAUAUUUUGCAUAUUCACCCUCCAUCCCUGCAGCUCCAUCCAAAAAUCUCCAGAGGUUUGAAACAGCAUAAGGGGGUGGGUGCAGCGAGAACAACAAAUUGACAAAAAAUAGUCUUCUUCUGUACUUCUUGAGUAUCGCCCUUCAUAAAUAACAUGGAGUUCACUUUAAGAGGUUCUAGGUGCUAGAGCAGAGACAGCCUCAAUAUAUGGUGGACUCUGACUUCCAUCAACCCCCAACAACCAUUUCAGGGAUGAUGGGAGUUGUAGUCCAACAACAUCUGGAGGGCACCCCAUUGACUAUCCCUGUGCUGCCGAUUGCAACAGCAGAGCAGGUGCAGGAUUCUCUAUAAGUCAGCAUACUUGGAAACAUCUGGGGAGAACUCAUCAGUGUGUGGAUUCAAGCAGUGGCGUAGCGUGGGGGGUGCAGGGGGGCCGGCCGCAACAUCUGGGGGUUAGGGUUAGGGGGCGCAAAUUACUUGCCUUGCCCCGGGUGCUGACAACCCACGCUACGCCACUGGAUUCAAGAAUUUCAUCUUAAUAUAGGGUUGCUAUUAAAGGAAUUAAAAUGAUAACUAUCAACCUUAGCAGCUAAGCCUAUCUAUUUCAGACCUAUAAAAUAUGAGGAUUGUUGCUGUAGUUAAGAAAACUAUAAACACACCACUGUAUAUUAUUACACUGGAGAGGUUUAAUUGUAGCUUUAUUGCAGCUUGUUUACAUUACACCAAAGACAGUGUGUGAUUUAUAUUUGCAUGAAAAAUAAAUGCUGCAGUACUUUCCUUAAUUCAACUUACAUUCGCAGUGGAGCUCAGAGGUAUGUGCUGAAAGUGGCUUUGGGGGAAAUACUCCAUGGAAUAGCAAGCAGAUGUGGUGCCAUGGCACUGACACAUGUCUGCUCUCUGUUUGGGCACAUGUUACGUUGCCGUAUGUUUGGGUAAAAUAUAUUAGGUGCUGCACAAAAGCAGUUAACUACCAUGGGGCCCAGCUCUCAGCUUUGCAAUCUAAGAUACAGGCUCAGGAGAAAAGAGGAAGAAGUUAUGUCACAGAGGCUGCAGACCUUUGGUGAAUCCUACUCCAAAUUAAAUUGGCACAAAGGUCAUCUGAACUAGUAAAUUGAAUAAGGAACUAAAAAAUACCUAGAAAAAUUAACCGCCACUUUCUUUGUACAGCAGCUGAGUUGUGGGGCAUUUUAAGGGCUAAGAGGAUAAGCAGCGAAAUUGGGCUACUCCCAAGAAAAUGGGUACAUAGGAUUGCAGCCCUAGACAACAGUCCUAUAUCCAGAAUCUUUGAAUUAAGGCACUUUGAAUCUACAGGAAAUUACAAGAUACACAUAGCAUUGUGCUGUGAGUAAAACUUGCUUCCAUGGACCAUAGCCCACUUUAUCAGAGUGGCCUCUGGUCCCCUUCGCCCUAAUAAAUCUGCUUGUUUUGUGUGCUGCAGAAAGAUGCAGGUAAGUGGACAGCUGAAUGUUGGCAAUUAGUGGGCUGGGGAUCUCUAUACUUUUUUCUUUAGUUCUGCAAAGGAAAAAUGAACAGGCUUUCAAAAUGUUUAAUCUGGCAUAAUAGCUGGUUGGCACUGAAUGCUAUUGUCAGUCUUGGUGUGUUGCGACAGCUUGUUCUGCUCCGUGCAUCCAAGCUGCAAUUCUGCAAGGCAAAAGUGUUUGGCCAGGAAUGGUGGAGGCUGGGAGUGGAGUACUGGGCCUUGCCAACAGAAGGUUUGACUGCAUGUGGAAAUUGGGGGUUCUACUACACAGUGCUGGGUGUGAAGGGCGCUAGAGAGCAAUACAGCCUAGAAAAGACACAUUGCUCACAUAUGGCAAAGGCAGAGAGGGAUGGGAGACAGCUGCAGAAGCUAUGCUUUGCAGCAAGUAUUUUUUUCCAUUGCUUAACCGAGUGGGGAGCUUACUAGGCACCUGACCUGUUACCAAGGAGUGGGAUUUGGUGCUGGAUAUUUUGAACUGGAGACCCAAAAGGACUUGCCAGAGAUGUAGGCAGAGAAGCGUUAGCAACAUGCUCAAAUUUCCAUGUGUAUCAUAAGGCCAGUCCAUUCUUGCAAAGUGCUCCCUUCGUGUGCAAUGUGACCUCAAAGGGGUUGCGUGUGAAUCACAAAUUGUGUAGGCUUGAUCUACAUAUAAGUUCUGUACACCUUCCUAGAUGAGAAGCUUAGGAAAAAUGUAAGGCAGGGAUGGGGAACCUGUGGCCCUCCAGAUGUUGCUGGAAUACAGAUCCCAUUAUCACUCACUAUUGGCUAUUUUAGCUGGAGCUGAUAGGGAAUCUGUGGUCCCCCAAUAUCCAACUCCCAUCACUAGUAUAAGGUAUGAAGCACAUUUCAGUCUCUUAAAUUCAUACCUUUAAACAUGAGUAUGGGGUAUAUAAUAGGCUUGUUAACUUUAAAGGCAAAGAGCAUCUAAGGUAACUGUGCUCUUCAUGCAGACAACAUCCUGUUGGUCUCAGUAGCAUGCUAGGGUGUUCUUGGUGCUGCCAGAAACACACCAGGUAUGUAUUGCUGGGUAUUCCUGCAAUGCUUGAUACCAAUUUGAAUGUGGGCAGAUGAUCACUUCAUUAUUUGGGGGGGGGGAAUGCUCAUUUAUGGGUGACCUUUUGGGUGGGAGAGAGGGCCUUGCAUUUUUUAGCUCACCACUAUAUUCACAUAUGGUAUGCAGCUUUAAAAACACAAUUGAGAGCUGGUGAAUGACUUUCACAAACUACACAUAGCACUUGUGUGACUGUUUUCCUUGAGGGGUUUUUUCUAACCCAACUUAUCAAUAUCACCUCCUCCGAGCUGCAUCACCUUGAGGGCAAAAGACAGCUUACAGAAGGAAAUUCUGAUUAGGUUUUUAAGGUUUGACCCUAUGGUGCUAUAUAGAAAGAUUUGUUGUUCUGCCAGUAAGCUUGUUUCCUCUCCAGUUCUCUUUCUCUGUAUCUCCUUGGCAAAUGCUUAAAAUGAUUUGGCCAAUAUUUUCAGCUUUAUAAUGAAAACAUAAAGGUUAAGGUAAAGGUACCCCUGCCCAUACGGGCCAGUCUUGCCAGACUCUAGGGUUGUGCGCUCAUCUCACUCUAUAGGCUGGGAGCCAGCGCUGUCCGCAGACACUUCCGGGUCACGUGGCCAGCGUGACAAGCUGCAUCUGGCGAGCCAGCGCAGCACACGGAACGCCGUUUACCUUCCCACUGGUAAGCGGUCCCUAUUUAUCUACUUGCACCCGGAGGUGCUUUCGAACUGCUAGGUUGGCAGGCGCUGGGACCGAACGACGAGAGCGCACCCCGCCGCGGGGAUUCGAACCGCCGACCAUGCGACCGGCAAGUCCUAGGCGCUGAGGUUUUACCCACAGCACCACCCGCGUCCCAAUGAAAACAUAUAGAGAGCUUAUUUCUGAGCAAUAUGAUUUUCUUUUUAAUGACUCGAACUACAGUAUAGUAGUUUCCAGCUCUAUCAAUACAUGUAGUUUUAUGAUAUAAAUUAACUAUUUGAAAUGGUUGCCUUAAGUAUCCUAACAUGCCUUGAAUCACCAAGUUUUAAUUUUAACGAGUAGUACUAGUCACACAAUUUAAACUUUUGAGAAUAUGAUCUCUCUGCUUCUGUUGCUUGUCUAUGCCUUGCUUUCGAUUAUAUUCAGCACUGCAAACAGGAACCAUGGAAACCAACCAAUCACCUGUCCUUGCUCUGUUAGUGCCAAUUGUUUUGCCUAAACACGAAAAUGUCCUUCUGCCAAUGUAUUAUGGACAACAAAUGUUAGCCAGCUGUACUGUUAAUUUUAAUAACCUAAACCAUGGAGGGAGGGCUGUGAUUGAAAACAACCCCGCUUUUGUUUUCUAAACUGGCCACAAAAAACAUAGUAUCCCUUCAGGCUUGCUUUUUAAUAAAGGCCUCUUUCACUGUUUCAGCCAACAUUCACUGAAAUAUGAGUUUAAGUAUCAGUUGAAUGUUACAUGUCAAUGAGAAGGCAGCACAGGGCAUGUGCACUGAGAAUUAAGGUGGCAAAAUCCUACAAGCAUGUACCUGGAAGUAAGUCUCAUUUAUCUCAGUGGGGCUGACAUUUGUGUAAGCAACACAAUGAUCUAGGGUGCAGAAAUACCGCACAUUUAAAGCACGUUAUACCCCCUCCCAAAUAAUCCUGGGAAAUUUAGUUUGUCAAAGAUGCUGGGAAUUGUAGCUCUGUGAGGGGUAAACUACGGUUCCCAAGAUUCUUUGGGGGAAAUCAUGACUUAUAAAGUGGCAUAAGAGUGCUUUAAACAUAUGGUGUGGGCACGAUAUUUUACAGCAGAAUAUCGGCAUUACAGAAAAGGAAAGUUUUGAGGAGGGAUUUGAAGGAAGUAAAGGAGGCAGAUCAAGGCAUAAGGGCUGCAGAGGAGAAAGGGCAGAGUUAUUUUGGGAAGCAGUAAACCUCUUAGUGGUGGAGCUGGAUAUGCAAAUAACCCAGGUAGGGAUACACCAUGAUUUAGAGAUAGCAGAGUGAAACAGCUGUUCCAAGGAAAGAAACAACUUUGCUCCAAGUGAGUGAAAUUCUGCCAUGUUAAUUGUAUGCAUUAUAUAAAAAUGUUUAGACUGGAUAAACACUGAACUUGUUUUCACUCUCCUGCAAAUAAAUCCUUUACAGCUGUGUGUCAACAGUGCUUCUUUCCAUGGAAGCUUGCUAAUAUUCUGGUCAUUCAAAGAUUCCCUGUGCGGGCCACUCUAGUUUGAAUAUCUGGAGAUAGGAAAUUAAAUGUGGGAAUUAGAAGAAAGAGUAUGCCAGCUUAAAGAAUUAACUUGUGUUUUUUUCCCUGGUGACUUCAGAAAAAUCGAGUAUUAAAAAUGUUCAGAUAGGUUUUGCUCACAGUAGAUCAAAGAAAUUAAUGAACUUAACUUAGUAAACUUAGUAAUGUUCAUUAAUUUCAUGGAAUAUACUCUGAGUAAAACUUAAAUACCAUCCCAAAUAUUGUUGAAGUUGCACUGAGAAAUAAAGGCUGUGAAAAAUGGGGAUAACUUGGAUCCAAUAUGUAAGAUAGUCUUAAAUCUUGAUGUUUAUGAGAAUGUCUGGAAACAGUGUCAACUUCUUAGAUUGUAUGUGACCUAAGAUCUAGUUAUGACUAAAUGGGUCUGAAACCUAUAAAGAAUUACAGGUAGUUCAAGGACCUGCUAUGCUCUAACAUCAGAAAGAGAAUCAAGAAUGUUUUUUAACCAAAUGUGGCAUUUUCCACAUCUAAGGCUUUGUGGUUUAAUAUUAACAAGGCAAUAAAAAGAUUGCUUGACUGUAAAAUACCCCUUGAUCUUCUGUUAUUACAGUGACAUAUAAAAUAAUUGAUAGGCACUGAAGAUUGUUAUGCUAAUUGCUGCUGAAAUUAUCUAUGCUAAGCGCUAGGUGGACUGGGAGUUUCCCACCACUUCACAAUGGAAAACUAAAGUGCACAAAAGAACAGGUUUUGAAAGAUAAAGAAAAAGUGUAACAUUUUAAAUUAAAAUUCACAUAUGUUCCUUGAUUAUUGGUACAACAAAGCACGUACAGCAAUUCACAAUAAUCAUGCAUUUAGUUUGUUAUAAAUCAAUAUUGAUGAUUUUUUUUGGUAUAUGGAUGUGUAUCAUGCAUAUGUAUGUCCCUAUAGAUUACACAGUAAUGACAAAAAGAAAAGAAAAAAGAGUGACAUUUGUAUAAUUUAGUAGCAAUAAAUGUCAGCUCCUAUCUUCAACUGGAGGCAAUAUCUGCCAUAUAUCCAAAUGUACUUUGCUCUGCCUUGUAAACAAGGAUUUAAAGAAAUAAAAAGAAAUCAGCUGCAUAUUGACUUUAGGAGCAUGAUAACACAAUCCUAUGUAUGUCUACUCAGAAGUAACUCUGAAUGAGUUUCAUGGCGCUUACUCCCAUUGUAGCAUGAGAGCUUUUAAAUCAGAUGAAAUUGCACAAGAAUUUACUCUUUGAAAGAAUGCAAUAUGUUAAACCUGAUUAUGCCAACGAUUGUAAGCAGGGCAUUCAGAAAGUGAUUGUCUGAAGAAAAGGAUAACUUAUGAAUUCAGGUUGAUAUAAUGUGAUAUGCUGGGCAACUUCAGUGAAGGAAUUCAAGCUUCAAAGUAUGUACUAUUUGGAGUAAAGAUUGGAGUAAAGCUAUGAACGAGGAUCUCUGUGUAACUAGCGAUGGGUGAGCACUGAUGUGCCCAUGGCGUGGCCCUCUGAAAGAAAAAGUUGCCCCAGGACCUCUGGCCUAAGCUUUCCAACACUCUAUGAGGUACUUGAGAGAGAAAAACAUCUCCAAAAACACCCUGUUGCCCACCACUGCUUUCCAAUAUAGAACCUGUUUCCUCAGAUCUCUGUUCUACAUUCUAGCCCUAGGCUUGAACUGGUAUUUUAAGGGGAAAUAUUUUUUUCAGAUGGAAAAAGUGAGAUGAAAUUCGGAAAUUUUCCUCAAUGACUAGCAUUGCCUCUUUGUGGAUAUGCUCUGCGUUUCCCUUCCCAUACUCUUCCUUCUGUUUUCUGUCUUCACCUACACUGCGACCAAAAAUAACUCUCCUUUAUUAAGAAGCUUAAGUGGGUGGUAGUGAUUAAUAGUCUCUAGAUGUCAUACUUUAAAUGCACAGAUACCUCUUAUUUGUUGUUACAAUAAUUAGGUUAUUCAGCUGCAUGGAUUGGACCAACAAGCAUGAUUCAUAACCUUACAUAUCAACUGGAUUAUGUACAAAGAACAAUAAAUUAUGCAGCCCAACAUAGCUGUCUCUGAAAACUUGAAGGACUGGUUUUCUGCAGAUCAAAAAUGGGUUUUGAUUAUGAGGAUUAAGUGAUCAAAAUAGUGUGUGAUCUGUUUGCAUUCUUAAAAAAACACACCUCUUCUUUAGUGGGUCCCUACUUCAGGCUUUUGUCUUUCCUCUGGUAAUACUAAGUGGCAGAAGUUUUCAUAAAAUAUCUGAAAAAAAUCAAGUGGCAUUGCUUAGUGGGGUUUUUUAACGUUUUGCUUAAAUCAGACUAAGGACUGAUUCCUAUGGUUCAUGCUUUUUUAUCAGUGAUGACACUACAGGAAAUAGAUGAACAAAGUUCACAAUGAAAUGGAAGGGCGUAAAUUACCUGCAAAUAGAGGUGAUAAGUUAGGAUAGUGCAAAGGUACCGUAUAUUGGCACAAUUAAUGGCAUAAGAUAAGAAAAAAGGGGAAGGAUUACAAUGUCAUUCCAUAAAUGUGUUCACAUUAAAAUGUUUUUCCCCCCUAAUUAGCUGCAUAUGGAAUCAUCCCUAAAAUGAGGAACAAUCAAAUCUAGGGAUUCUGGAGAAUCCGUUUUUCAUUUCCACCCUGGACUCUUGAACUCAGUCCAUGAAUCUAGUCAAUAUGAACUCUUGGAUAUGGGUUGGUGUGAAGGUUUGGGUUUAAUGUCCUGCCUUGGACCACUUCUCUAUCCAGGAACUGACUAUUCACUCUGGUAUGUUUAACAACAGCAGUGCAGUAUCAGGAAUGAUGGUGGUCGAGACAAUAAUCCUAAGGAUUUUAUCUGAAAAUUAUUUCACUUUGGGCAUUCCCACGAUGGAUGAAAUAAUUUUCCAACUAUCCUGCAGCCCCUCUAACAAGCUGAGGACAGAAGAUUAUUGAUCAAUGCAAGUGGGGGGCUAUAAUGCCAUCUGUGUAUCAGUUUCACUUUCUCUUAGGUCUGAGUUGAGGAUACAGCCAUUUGAAGUGGCAGCACUAAAAGCCUUGUGCUACAUCACCCUGUAAAACUGUGGAGGCAAGUUCUUCCGUCCUGCUAUAGUCCUGCUAUAUAUGAUGGUAGUGAGGAGGUGCCCUAAAUAGAGCAAUGAAUAAGUGUAGACAUCCUUGGCCUGUGUCCCUUCUGCUAGCAGCUACUAAGCAUACCACAUAAAAAAUACUGCCGGUUCCUAGAUACUGAUAUCCAGUCACAUUUUAAUUAGUGCAGCUUCCCAUUAAAAAGGCAAACCACCCUGUUUGUAUGUAGUCACCAGUUAAAUAUUCAGCUGAAACAAUCAAGAAAGAGCUGUGAUGUGAGUCAGAACAAUACACUCAACUAAAAACAAAACAAAAGCCAUAUCACCACAAGCAAUUCUUGAUUGCUGGAUUCCUGUUCAAAGAGUUUUGACUGGUGUGCCAGCUUCUAAGCUUUGAUAUACAAAGGGUCUCUCUCCGUCUCUCUCUGCCUCCAUUUCAGCCACUUGACUUAUAAAUGAUCUCUUUUCCUGGUAUUAGAAGAUAAAAGGAAAGCUGUAAUGAAAACUCCCCCUCCCCACUUUUUUUUUACUUUGUGUACGCUUUGGUGAUCCAAUUUUAGCCGUGCAAUUACAUUUUAUCUGUGUGAAGGCAACCCUACCAUUAGCUGACAAAAAUGUUCCCUGUGCUAGGCAAACAACGGCUCUGUUAUAAAUGCAGUUAAGAUAGUAGCUUUAGAUUCCUGCUUGCGCCUUCUCCAAAUAUGUGUCAAGCCCUUCGAAACUGAUUUCCAAUUAGGGCUAAGAUAAAAAUACUAACAACUCCCUGUUCCUUCUCUGGAUUGCGAUUAUGUUUUUGGCACUCACAAUUUUCGUUUACAUUUGGGAAGCAUUUGUGUAGGGAUGCCAUUGACCCUGUGAAGGGCUACACAGUUUCAUCUUCAUUCCUGUAAAAUGGGAUGCAAAUCUGGGACGCCAUCUUUCAGGUUCACACUCCCAUAUGAGUCACAUGACCCACACAAGAUCGCAGCCCCCCAGAAAAACGCUUUUUCAGGCACAGCACACCAAAAUGUGCAUCCCAACCUCCUCUUUCGUGUGUACAGUGACGAAUGAAAGCCACUUGAAACUCUACAGGGGGAAAUUAGCAAUACUACUACUACUACUACUACUACUACUUCUACUUCUUAUACUACAGUGGUACCUCGGUUUAAGUACUCAAUUCGUUCCAGAGGUCUGUACUUAACCUGAAACUGUUCUUAACCUGAAGCACCACUUUAGCUAAUGGGGCCUCCUGCUGCUGGAGCACAAUUUCUGUUCUCAUCCUGAAGCAAAGUUCUUAACCUGAAGCACUAUUUCUGGGUUAGCGGAGUCUGUAACCUGAAGCGUAUGUAACCUGAAGCGUAUGUAACCCGAGGUACCACUGUACUACUAAUUUAUUCUUUAUAUCCCGCCCAUCUGGCUGGGUUUCCCCAGCCACUCUGGGCAGCUCCCAACAGAAUAUUAAUAAUAAUAACAAAAAAGUGAUAAAACAUCAAACAUUAAAAACUUCCCUAAACAGGGCUGCCUUCAGAUGUCUUCUAAAAGUCAGAUAGUUGUUUAUUUCCUUGACAUCUGACGGGGGGGCAUUCCACAGGGCAAGUUCCACCACUGAGAAGGCCCUCUGCCUGGUUCCCUGUAACCUCGCUUCUUGCAGUGAGGGAACCGCCAGAAGGCCCUUGGCGCUGGACCUCAGUGCCCGGGCUGAACAUUAUCAUCAAGUUGAUAAAUGUGUACAUAGUCAUAGUUUUCGUGCCCUCAUAUCAUCCUGGAUCAUCACAUUACAGCAUCCUGUUUGAUGUAUUGACUUGUUACUCUCACAUUCUCAUUGGAAAAAUAGAUACUCUUUAGUUGCUCAGUACCUGUAGGUACCAGUUGUAUGAAGCAGUUUCUAAGAACACGCGGAUAGUCCUGCUCUCUGGAUGUCAUAGGCAGAUAGGGAUCUCUCCACUGCAAUGAGACUCUAGCACUUCUUUAUUCUAGCACCUCUUUCAUCUUCCCUGCUCCAUUUCUCUUAAAAGGGUGGUGAAAAUGACAUUAAUAUUAUAAACUGUCAUCUGCAGUAUUAUGGAGAAAACAAUGAGGUGUUUUGUAGAUUAUAGUUUUGCGUGUACUAAUAGAAACUGGAUCUAUAAAUCAAUGUCAUGAGAGGUGGGAAGCUGAAAACUGUGAGUGAAUCAUGUAAAACUAUUUCCUAUUUGCUAAGAAGGCUGGACAUGCCCUUAUACUGAAGCCAACAUUCUUCUGACUUCACUGAGCCCGUUAUUAUUUCCUCAUUCCUUCUAGAAAUGUUACUCAUAGUCGAAUGCUUGUUAAAAUAAAUAAGUCACUGUUGUUUCAAAGGCUUCCUUUUGGAAUCCACUUUACUUCCUGCUAUAUAGUCUAAAUUUGUCAAUCAACUUUUGACCUUUGCAUGGGAAACUCUCAUGAGUUUCACCUGCCUAUCCACCUGCAGUGCCAGAAUAACGCCAUGGCUUGUGAUGCCCUGAUCUCUAGUAGGCACCUACUCCUGGUAUUGGACAUCUUGGCAUAAUACAGCGAGUGUGCAGUCGCUGCAACAACUCAUAUUUUCCAUGAUUGUGCUUUUUCUGGCAAGGACAUUACUUUAGUUGGGUAUGGGGUGUGCUGAUGUUGCUGCAGCUUGCCUGGAUGCAUCUGAGGAAGGGCGAGGUGGCAGCAAAGCUGGAGCUGUGCAGGGGCAGAUAUGGGAAUGUUGGAUUGGCUUUGCUGCUGCAACUUUACCGGGGUGUAAGAGGGCACUGGUUUCCAUUCUGACCUGUAUUUAUCACACACAGCACUGUUUCCAUUCCAGUUUGGCUUCCAACAAAAACAACAACAAUGUAAUUCACCUCACUGCCUUUUGUGGCAGACUUUUCUGUAUUUAACUAUGUAAUCAAUUACUGCAUAAUAAUAAUAAUAUAAUAAUUUAUUAUUUAUACCCUGCCCAUAUGGCUGAGUUUCCCCAGCCACUCUGGGUGGCUCCCAAUCAAAUGUUAAAAACAAUACAGCAUUAAAUAUGAAAAACUUCCCUAAACAGGGCUGCCUUCAGAUGUCUUUUAAAAAUAGGAUAGCUGCUUAUUUCCUUGACAUCUCACGGGAGGGUGUUCCACAGGGCGGGCACCACUACUGAGACGGCCUUCUGUCUUGUUCCCUGUAACCUCACUUCUCACAAUAAGGGAACUGCCAGAAGGCCCUUGGUGCUGGACCUCAGUGUCCAGGCUGAACAACGGGGGUGGAGAUACUCCUUCAGGUAUACAGGACUGAGGCCGUUUAGGGCUUUAAAGGUCAGCACCAACACUUUGAAUUGUGCUCGGAAACAUACUGGGAGCCAAUGCAGAUCUCUCAGGACUGGUGUUAUGUGGUCCCGACGGCCACUCCCAGUCACCAGUCUAGCUGCCACAUUCUGGAUUAAUUGCAGUCUCCGGGUCACCUUCAAAGGUAGCUCCACGUAGAGCACAUUGCAAUAGUCCAAGCGAGAGAUAACUAGAGCAUGCACCACUCUGGCGAGACAGUCUGCGGGCAGGUAGGGUCUCAGCCUGCGCACCUGAUGGAGUUGAUAGACAGCCACCCUGGGCACAUUGCACACCAUUCAUUUCAACGCCAUGGAAACACAAGGCAAAUGGGGGAAAGCGCAUUAAUUGCACAUUGCUUGCAGACUGAAAGCAGCAACAGUGUAUAUUAGUUGUAUUCACUGGACUGAUUUCCGUUCUAGACGUGGGACAAAUUGGCAAACAUCGACAAUUGGCACUCUAGUUUCUGUUCGAAUUUCCAGUCAUUCCUAACCUGCACAGUCCCAACCUCGCUGCUGCACUGCCCCAACCCUGUCUAGACAGAAUGAACUUAUGAAAGAACCCAUGUGAAACUGGCAUGGAUCAGAAAAAGGCUAAUCUGUCAAUUCCUAGGGGAUGGGUGGCUGAAGACAUUAAAAAUGCUUAAUGGCUUGGUUUGUUUGAUAAUAGGAACCAUCAGCCAUGCCGGCAUGGAGGGGGCAGUUGCAGGAUGACAGGGGUGUGAUGUCAUCACAGGAAAAAUGUUGGGGUGUAAUGUUCGGCACUCCCUCCUGCAAAACUCAGGUUGUAAACGUGUAGAAUAAAUCAAAUUUCUUAAAUACACUAGUCUCCACUGGGCCACAUUUUAAAAGAACACAAACCCUGGUUAAGUUCCAAUUUUGCUAUCACUCAGCAGAGAUUGAAGUGACCCCAAUACCAUUUGGGGGUAUGGCCUUUCUCCCUUGGACGCGGGUGGCGCUGUGGGUAAAACCUCAGUGCCUAGGACUUGCUGAUCGUAAGGUCGGCGGUUCGAAUCCCCGCGGCGGGGUGAGCUCCCGCCGUUCGGUCCCAGCUCCUGCCCACCUAGCAGUUCGAAAGCACGUCAAAGUGCAAGUAGAUAAAUAGGUACCGCUUUAUAGCGGGAAGGUAAACGGCAUUUCCAUGUGCGGCACUGGUGCUGGCUCGCCAGAGCAGCUUCAUCACGCUGGCCACGUGAGCCGGAAGUGUCUUCGGAUGGCGCCGGCUCCCGGCCUCUUGAGCGAGAUGAGCGCGCAACCCUAGAGUCGGUCACGACUGGCCCGUACGGGCAGGGGUACCUUUACCUUUACCUUUCUCCCUUACUUAGGCCAUACAAUAAUAGUCAUCUGUCCCAUCAUCAAAGAAAGAGGCAGAUAAGCUACAAUCCUGGUCCACCACCAUGUCCUGCUUGUUUCUCUUACCUCUUUGGUUCUCUCCAUCACAAAACAGACAAUGUGAGGACUGGAUGUACCAGCAAUUCAAAAGUUGUUUGGGGACUGACAAAUCUGUUUUUCUUUGUAUCACUCUCUGUGCUCUGAAAUAGGUGAAAGAUGGAGGAACUUCUAAACCUUCUCAAGUGUGUGUGUGUGUGUGUGUGAGAGAGAGAGAGAGAGAGAGAAACUUGAGUAAUGGUGUGUAUAUAUAUAAGGCCAUGAAGUGAAUAUGUAAAAUUUAAUGUCUCCUAGCCACUUACAUUUUCUCUCUUUUAACAUUUUGUAUAGUUAACCACAACUUGCUUCUUCUCACCUUUACUAUUCAUACCUUAAAUUGUGUACCAUUUAUCAAGAGUGAUAGGUUACUUAUUCCUUACAUAUUAUUGAAUUACAUAUUAUUGACUAAAGAAAUAAAAAGAAAUAUUAUAUAAGAGUGAUAGGUAUAUAAUUUGGAGUAAAGCUUUGUUCUUAGGUCAAUAGCAAUAUUUUGUACUGUCUGAAAAUGUAGUCAAACGUUUGUUUUAAUCUGUUUUGUGAUUUGUUUGAUUGUGCUACUUUGUAAAUCUUUUAAAUCAAAUACCACAUACCCAGAUGAAAAUCAGCAGUGAGGCAGUAGCCUUUACCUGCUGCUGCUGCUGCUGCUGCUGCUGCUGCUGCUGCUGCUGCUAAAUAAUAAUAACUCCAGGCACCUUACAGAUAAAAACAAGAAUCACUAAAAACAUAGAAAAAGAAAUCAUUAAAAACACUGAAACAUUAAUAGAAUUAAAACUGUAUCCAUUUACCUGAUGUCACUGAAGCUUAACUUGUCCAUGGGGCAAAUGCACCACUGGGACUGUGGCAUUGGCUCUGCCACUGUGUUUUCACCACGCUGGCCUUGCCCCUAUCCCUCUAAGUAAGAUGUAGUGACACCAGUGAUGGGAAUCAGGUAAAGUGCCAUCACCCCGCUGACCACUACUGAUGAAAAUUAAUGCAUUACCCAGCAUUCCUCAAUUACAUUUAUGGUUAAUAGCAGCUUCAUAACUUUAGUAUCCUUGAUUUCUAAAACCCCUCUCUAAAUUUAUUAAUGGUGUUCGUUACUGAUGAGCUUUGUUAACAGAUUCUAAAUAGGUCAUUUUAAGUACUGUUUUUAUUGCAAUGGUUGUUUUCUAUUAUAAGGCACUCUGGGCUCCUCUUCUGAAGAAGGGCAGGAUAGAAAACAAAUGCAUAAAGAGUAACCUUUGCAUCCGUUCAAUAAUGCCAUUCGUUUUGUUUCCAGCUGCUCUUCAAGUGUCCAACACAAACAUAACUUUGGCCAUUAACUAGUUCUAUGGCUUUCUUUCUGUUUUAGGUGGUUUUUUGGUGGUAUUAAACGAGUGGAUGCUGAGAAACGGCUGCUAUAUCCUGAAAAUCAGGAUGGAGCUUUCCUGAUCAGAAACAGCGAAAGUCUAACGGGUGAAUUCUCUCUUUCAGGUAUGAUGACUAUUUUCUCUUUCUUCUUUCUCCUGGUGUGUGUGUGUGUGUGUGUGUGUAUACACACACACACACACACACACACAGUCUUGACCUUAUUUCUCCUGGGUUUGUUCAUGAAAAAUCUCUGUGAUUAUUUCUUUCACAAAGGUACAUGAACUGGCAAUAACUGCUAGAACUUAAUAAAUUUUUAAAAAUAUUUUAAAUUGGGGGGGGGAGGUUUGCUUAUAAUUGAAUAUGUGAACUAACAAUGCAAGCUUAUACUUACCUGCUCUUAAGUAAGCACCACUGCAUAGGGCUCACUCAAAACAUUUUGUUACCUGCAGUUGAGGAUAAGAUGGCAGCUUCAGCUUUCCAUCAGGAAUUUUUUAAUGUCUAACGUUUUACUUUUUUUAUGUGCUGUGAGCCACCCGGAGUGGCUGGGGAAACCCAUCAAGAUGGGUGUGGUAUAAAUAUUAUUAUUAUUAUUAUUAUUAUUAUUAUUAUUAUUAUUAUUAUCUUUCAUGUACUGAAGUCGACUAGACUAGCAUUUGAAACUUAUUUCAAUCCAUCAUACUCUGAGUUUGAUACUCUGAAGUUGGGGAAAAGAGCAUUUUCUGAUCCAAAAUUAACAAACUCAGUGAAUAAUACAUUUUUUUGGUAGAGUUUACAUCUCCCUUUAAUAUCACACUUGCCAUAAAGUAGCAACAGUGGUUCCUCAGUUUGCUGACCAUGGUGGUGUCUGAAAGUAGAUAUAAUAAUGUAGCAGAAUCAGGACCAACCCUACCAAUAGGCAGAAUGAGAUGACCGCCUUAGGCAGCAGAUGCUGGGGAAUCGCAGCAGCAGCUACCUGACUAUGUUCUAGGGCAGAGCUGUGUGUGUCAGGUGGCCCGUCCUGAACCCCUACAGUUAGUCUGUGGACUCAAAUGUGGUAGAAGACACUCUCCUGUUGCCAGAAUUGAAAUAAGUUUGAAAUGCUAGUCUAGUCGACUUCAGUAGAUGGAAAGGUGAAGCUGCCAUCUUAUCCUCAACUGCAGGUAACAGUUGACGGUGAGCCCUAUGCAGAAUGACUCCCAUCAGUUCUUCCACUGCUCCUCAUGCACCCUCUAGCCCCACCAUGCAUAUGGAAAAAGACCCCUAAUAUAUGUAACCUUCAAGUUUGAUCUUCAUUCAGAUUCUCUGUAUAAUAGUACCAUAAAAGCAUAUGAAUUACAGUGCACGACUAAAGACUUGGGGGAUAAUCUAAAAUAAUAUACUCCAUAUGACACCUAUACACCCUCUAAUGGUAAUUUGAGAUAACUGCAUGCUUGAUAAAGCUUGACUGCUUAAGGAAGAUAGGGCUAAAUAUUCAUUUAAUAUACAAUUGCUGGUGAUUAAAAACUCAGUUUACAUGAAGACCCCUAAAGAUGCCUGCCAACUGUAUGCAAAUAGUAUGGGCUGCCAGUUGGUCACAUGUAAUGUGGAAUGAGAGCUCCAAUCACAUAGACUCCAUCUAUGUGUACACCCUGUACCUAUAAGAUACAUUUGAAGCCCAUUUUGUCUCUCAGUGAGUUCUGGGCAAUGUAGUUUAUGCCUCACAGAGUGAAAAUUCCCAGCAAUCCUUCACAAACCACAGUGCCCAGAAUUCUUUGAAUGUGCUUCAGAGAUAUAGUGUGUACACACCUGCCACUCUGCUACUGACAGUCAUCGAGGUCCGAGGUUACGAUGAAGUUGGAACUAAGCAUGGCAUAUGAUGCCAUACAUUACGCACAUUGCCUAAAUAGUGCAUGGCCCUUAACAGCUAUGACCUCCUGGCAUUUGGGAACUUUUUUAAAAAAAAUUGAUUUAAUAUUUCAAUCUAUGAGUCCUCUUUGUGUUAUAAAUAGGGCUACUGUACCCCAGAGGUGUCUAAAAGUAACUCCUGUUGGAAGUAUAAUGUGCAGUAAUGGUCAGCUUGCCAUUCUAUAAUGACAGAAUCAUGACAUUUUCCUUAUGAGACAAGAAUAUACACACGUGUGUCUCUGAGAUUAGUAUGCAAAUAAAAUAUUUUGUACCAUUUUAUUAAGGCACCAUAUGGUACCAUAUGCAAGUAAUACAUGAUGGUAAAUAAAUAGGGAUAUAAAGGUCUUACAGAGCAAGCACAAUUAUAAGAAGUCAAUGUAAUUUUAUUUGGCGUAAGUUAUCCUUAUUUCAAGCUUCAUUCAAGAGCAUGGCUAUUUCCAGCUGAGGUACCCCAUGCCUGGCAGAGGGAAAACAAACCUUUAAAACAAAGUUUAACUUUGGCAGGGGGUUCCCAGUUGCAUCCACUAGAAAUAUAUGUGUAUUAUUAUUAUUAUUAUUAUUAUUAUUAUUAUUCCCCUGUCAUUACAUAAUACACCAUUCAGGGCAAAAGCUUAUAAGACUGGGUCACUGGAGGCUCAUUUAGGAGGCAAGUUUUCUGGAUGGAUACUUGACUAUAUUAUAUUAUGAUGUGUGUUGUUUUUAUGCAAGUCUUAGGCAAUUCACAAUGCCUUCCUUAGGGGAAGGGUCGUAGCUCAGUGGAAGGGGAUCUGCUUUGCUUGCAGAAGACUUCAGGUUCCACCUCUGGCACCUGUGGGUGGAGUUGGGAAAUGUUCCCUGCCUGGAUGCUGGAGAGCAUCUGCCAAUCAGAGUGGACAACACUGAACUAAAUUGGCUCAACAUCCUGACUUGGAAUAAGGCAGUUUUUCCUCUGUUCCUUCGUUUUUAUUUUUCUAGUACGGGAUGGGAAGGUUGUGAAGCACUACCGAAUCCGACGUCUGGACAAUGGCGGCUUUUUUGUGACAAAAAGGAAAACUUUCCCAACCUUGAAUGCUUUUGUCAGAUACUACAGUUGUUCCAGCGAUGGGCUGUGCGUAAAGCUUGGGAGGCCAUGUGUAAAGGUAGAGCUAACUCAGGACAUUUUCCUUUCAAAAUGGAGUGAAGUUUUGAUGAUUGAAUUGAUAAGUACUUAACCCUCUUUCCAGCCAUGAUAAUAGUUUAAGAAAUGAUGCAUAACUGCACCGUGAUAUGGGAUGGCAUAUCAAUGAUAAUUACAACAAGAGAGCCAUGCAAUGUUUGAGAAAUAAUUGUAUGGCCUGGGGGAGAACAUGCCAGCAUGUUACUUAUGAAGUCACAGUAUAAACCCAUAUUGAGAUGGAAUCGCCACCCUCAUAACUCUAGCUGUCUAUAAGUACUGACUGAAAAACAAGAACUCAGAACCCCAUCAGAUUCCUACAGGCAAUAUUUUGUUAUUCUAAAAGCUUUCCUGGUUCUCUCUAUCUCUUUCUAAUCUAGGGAUAUAAUCAUCUUUCAGAUUCUAAAAGAAGUAUCAACAUUGUCCUCCUCUGAACCCAUUCCAAUCUGUCUACAAAGUUGAAGAGACCACAACCAAAAGCAAAUCCCCCUUAGACAAAAACAAAACACAACUCUGAUUCACGUCAGAGACCCUGCUAUGUGUCCAUCUAUGAGAGCCAUCCAUUUGCUGGGUAUGGGGAAAGGGCUUCCUUGGCAGUGGCCCCACAACUGUGAAUUGGCUUCCAAGCGAGAUCAGGCAAGCCUCUCUCCACCCACCAGAUUUUCAAGCAGCAUCUGAAGGACAUCUGUUCUCUGCCACUGUUAUGGAGCAGUUUUAAGUGGGCUGCUAAUGUGGCAAUGUUGUUUUAUGCUGUUUAUACUGUGUCUAACAGCUGUGCUGGGCAGACUGUAGCUUUUAUGUGUUGGCAAAUGUUAAGGUUUGGGGCUGUUUUAUAACUGAAAGUUUAAAAUUGCACUUUGCAUUGUUGCUCUAUGCUCUGCUUGCUGCUUUCUGAGGAGAUCCUUCUAAAAAGCGGAAUGAAAAUCUAUUUUUAAAAAGUAAAGAAAUAAGUCAAACUAAGAUGGAACAUACAACAGUGUUGCCUAUGAUUGCAUAGCUUUUGCUUAUCCUUGAAAAAAGGUCCUAUCUCCUGAAAGCAGUACAGAUUGCAUGUAAGUGAAAGAAACAUUUUCCAAUAAUGUUAAUUUUCAAACAGUGUUAAUUAAUAAUAAAGGUCUUGCAACUGUAACUUGGGCAAGUACCCCUUGAUUUCUAUGGAAUGUAUUGAUUCUGCUACACAAGUUGACCUUUUUUUUUUGAUGGGACAGCUAUGCAUUUGGAUCCAUUUGGAUCCAUACAUUAUAUCGGGGGAAUGGGAGACACAGCAGAAUGGACCCUACCCUUUCCUGUCAACAUAUAAUGUAAAAAGCUCCCAAAGUGUGCAGGUCUGUGCCACUCCCUACAAUAACAUAACUCCUCAGAAAAUGGGCCAGUACUGGCGUAUCGCCAGUGUGGUCGCACAGGAGAAGGGAUGGUGCCGUGGCUUCUGUGGUAAUGUGAAGAACCCAACGGUAAACAGUGACAGUCCAUCCGUCACUGCCUGUUUCUGCCAGUUCACACUGCAGGGGACCAUUGUGGAACCAGGAAAAGGUACCAGCUCUUGAUAUCUUUGAAAGUGACGAAAUGAUGCUUCCCUGUUUUUUAAAAAAUAAAAAUAACAUAGAAAAUGGAAGUAGCUCUGGCCUUUAGGGUCUGCUGUCCAAAGCAAUAGUUUCCCUCUGCUUCAUCAUUAAGACCGGACCUUCCUGUUUUCAUGGGAGGAAGUGCCAUAUAAAGAAGCACCUGGCUGCUUGUGGAAGUUCUCUUUGGUUUACUGCCCCCCGCAUUCUGUUUAGCAGACACCCUCUUAAAUCGGUAUACUUGCAUAGAUACAGUUGUUUUGGGUUUGUUUUUUUUAAAAAGGAAAGCACAUAAUUUAUGUGUGCCAUUUUUAUUCCUAUGCAGACAGAAGUUCCAGCAACCUAUGAUUUGUCAUACCAAACUGUGGAUCAGUGGGAGAUAGACCGAAAUUCCUUACAGCUCUUAAAAAGACUAGGUUCUGGCCAGUUUGGCGAGGUCUGGGAAGGAUUAUGGAACAAUACCACACCGGUGGCAAUUAAGACGCUAAAGCCAGGUAUGUCGAAGAACACCUCUGACUAUUUCACCCUCAAAAUCUGCAUAAAAUCUAAAUAUAGUCUUGGUUUCAGCAAGAUUUAGACUUCCGGGUUGGUGCCUCCAGGCAAUGGCGGAGUUCCUCCGAUUGGGAGGAAUUUGCUUCGCGAAAAUUAGGGUCUGACCGCCACGGCGAAGGCGGAGACCCACUGAAAUCACAGGCGGGAGAAGCCUGUGAACUUGGGAUUCGGCUGGCACCCUUUGCGCCUCCCCUACUCACGGGGAAACCCUGAUUUGGGGAUCCAAAGCAAAGUGGGGUGAGUGGCGCGGUGCUUCGAAUUGAUUGCUUUUUUCACGGAGUGAAGCCGCAUCGCUGUUGCCGGAGAGCGCUGACUUUUUCCUGUGGACAAUUGGAUUUUAAACAACUAGCCGUGAGUAGAACGGAAAAUUAGAUCCUUACAUUCAUUAAUUUGGCAUCGAAACGGGAAGGUUCUAAACAGGAAGUCCCGUGGGCGUAGGCCAGCCAGGUGAGUGGGAGGCAGGGGGCUAACGCCCCCUGCUUGAGGCGGAGUCCGGCUUCCGACCACAACCACUCCCCUCUCUUGCAGGAGGAGAGUCUUUGGAACAGCUCCACAAGAAGACGGACGCUAUGAAUACCAAACUUGAGAACUUGGGACAAAAAGUGACUAAUUUGGAACAAAAAGUGACCAUUAAUACAGAAAUUGUUCAGGAUUUGACACAGGAACCUACCUUGACAGGACAAACUGGGGAGAAGACGAAGGAGAAUGUUGGUAUUGUUAAACCUAAAAUAAUACAAGUGGAAGCCCCAGUUUUACAGAGGCAAACUGAGGACUAUAAGUGGAGGCCUUUUAUGAAUGAAUAUAGAAAAGUCAGAAUUUGAAGAUUGGAGCCCUGUUUGGAUUGAAGAAGGAAGGUUGCAUAGACUCUUUCAUGCAGAGAUUUACUGACCUUUGGGUCCUGAAUCUGGGUCAGGAGGUGAUUGGAGUUGUGGGGGCCUUUGGAUCUGGAGGAGCCUUGAAACAUGAUUUGAGAUAUUGUAUGGACACUGGUUUUAGCUGUGGAGAGUUGGUUGGUCUGUCGAGAGGGAAUGGGGCAUUGGUUGGGUCGGGGCCCACCCAAGACCUGUGCUUCAGCACCCUCAGCAUCAAAGAAUAUGAAGAAAAACUGCAGAAGGGACUUGGAAAAGACUUAAGAGCCUUGGACAGAAGAUUUCCAGGUUGAUGAACUAUAUGGAAUGGACGGAAAUGACUGGCAGAAUCCGAGACCAGGGAGAAGAGAUGGUGGUUGAAGAUUGGGAAAGUUUAAAGUUUAUAUAUAGAAAUAUUGUAAAUUUAGUGAGUGUUAGAAAAUUGUUGGAAUGAAAUUUUAUGGCUUUAGCAGAAAUGUUAUAAGGAGUUAGGUAUAAAUAAGUAUUUCAGUAUUAAUGGAAAAUAAGGUACAAAAUAUGUUAAGAUAUUCAUAAUGAUAAAAAUAGAGAAAGAUGGAAAGGAAUUGCUGAAACAAGUAAUAGAAGUGGAAUACAAAAAGGGAGGUGAGAGGAGGUCGAUGAAAUAAGGGAAUGAAAGAUAGAGUAAUGAAAUGGUAUGAUAUAUGUUUUUAAAUUGUUGUUCUUUUGCUUUGUUUAGUUUAGUGUGUUAAGGCUGUGUUUUGUAUUGCUUAUUGUAUUGUAUUGUAUUGUUUUUUCUUUUCUUUCUCUUUUUUUCUUCUUCUCUGCUUUAUUUUGUCUUUUUCUUUCGCCUAUUUUCUUCUUUUUUCUUUUUUUGUAAGUUUUAAAAGCAAUAAAGAUUAUUAAAAAAAAAAAAAAGAUUUCAUCAAGAUUUACUUCAAUGCAUGGGUGGUUGAGAGCACUGACAAACAAACUGAAAAUGCUAUUUGUAGCCCUCAUUGUGUAUACUGCAUUUCCUGCUCAUUCAAACAUUGAAUUCGAUUAUUCUCCUAGCAAUUUUUAUUUUGUUUUUGGUGCAAAAGAUCUUACACAAUCAAGAACGAAGGACAAAUAGAUUCACUGUGGGAGUAGAUGAUGAAAAUAAAACUGGUUCAUCUUCUGCUCAUGGCAGAUAUUAUUUUAAAGCAUAUAAUGGUUCUUUUUCUUUAUGUUCUUUAAAAUGCACCCAGAAUCGCAGCUAUUUACUGUUGAGAUUAAUUUCGAUCAGUCUAUUUCCUCCAUUCUUUUAAAAGCUCUUAUGUACAAGGAUAUCAGUCUGAAGUGCCUUCUUAGAUAUGUGCACAAGCUUUUGCAAAGCCAGAGGGGCUUUUUUCAGUUCUCUAUCCAAGCAACAAUUUUUCCUUCUUGUCUUGUGUUGUGAGUGCCUUUUUAAACUUAGGGGAGUGAAAGCUUGUGAUGCAAUAUGACGUCUGGAAAAAAUAUCCACUACAAUCCUUUUUUUGAUUUUAGGGGAUUUCUCUGAACCUGGUGGGGCGAGGGCUCAUUUGGGCUCUUUUCACCUAUUUGAUAAUCAUACGUUUGGGGAAUCUAGUUGCUUCAUUGGUUGCAAUUUUCAGUUUUGCCAGUUAUUUAGCCAUGCACUAAAUAGCAUAAAGCAAGCCACUUUCCCAGUUACGAAGUAACAAUAUACCACACAUAAGGAUAAAUGAGAGAAGCUUGCAAACACCAUGUGGCAUUUACUAGGACUAAUACUGGUAUAAGGCAGCUGUGAUCAUUUGCACUUACAUAGCAUCAGUGUCAACAGAUAAUGAUUUUAGGAAUGCAGUAUAAUAGUGUUGUGCAAUUGUAUCUGCAUUCCCUAUUCAACAGACAACAUCUUCUACUUAUGUAGUUACUUAUUCUCGAAAACCUAAUAAAAAACAUUCCAAAAAAGGUGGAAAUGGAAAAACAAAUGCUAAUGUAGCCAUUUCUAGUGGCAUCCCUAAACACGCCACCCAUCAAUCAUGACAUUGUGCACUGAUGUUGUUCCCCAUGCAAAUAAGGAACCAAUCAACACAUAGCUGCAACAUCAUGAUUAUAUUGGCCUAAAGCAGGGGUGGGAAAUAUCAGGCCUGUGGACUUUUCAGUGUGGCCCCCACAACUCUCCCCAAACCACUCACUCCAAACCAAACCCUUCACUGGUACAGCUUUUGCACCCUCCAGAAUUGCUUAUGCUGGAGUGUGUCAUUGAACUCUGAUAAUGCUUCUUGUUUGCCUGGAUGGUAAGUAGAGAGGGGUAUCUGACUUUGUGGAGCCCAUUAUAGUUUCCAAUUCCUCUCAAUCAUAAAUUCUCUUAGAUCUAUUUGCAGUGCUAAAAUGUGAUUAGUGACAUGACAUUUUGCGGCAGAGCAAUGGUGCAACUGAAGCUAGUGGCCACAGGAUUUCACUUUAGUUUUUAUUAAAGAGAAAAGCAAAUAGCCACUGUCCUUUGAAAAAAAUAUCACCUGAAUACUGACAAGAUUUACUUAAAUUCUCCUGGCAAUAUAUGGUACAUGGGGAAUUUGAAAGUAAUAUCAGAUGUAUUUGUUCAAACCAUGUAUAUCACGUGUUAUCUUUUAAAAAUUGAUUGUAUUAACAGGCCUGGGAAAAACAUCUAUUUGUUUUAAUUCAUGUCUUUAAAGCACUUAGAGCACUUUAUUUACAACUUAUCAUAAAUAUUUUUUAAAAUUUAUUUUCAUGUUGGCAGAUGAUUGGAAAGGCACCCGUCAAAGACUUGUUGAAAUAUAUGGCCUUUAUUGUACACAGUGUUGGUCUAUUAUAGAAGUGUAAUAAUAAAAUAUUUAUUGUGAAGUAGGAGAGGAAACAAUUUAUGCAUUUAAUAAAAGAUAGCAUAGGGAAAUUAUUUCUAGGAACACUGAUGGUUGCAAUGUUGUACAAUUAAAGAGUUUCAUAAGAUAAAACUGCAUUUACUCCAAACCAUCCUCCCUACCCAAGAUUGGUUAAAAAUUGAUCUUUGAUCCUGCAAAUGCUGGAUUAAAAGUCUAAAUGAUUAGUCUGCAGCCUCUACAUUUUAGAAAGGGCUUCAAUUAACCUCACAGAGAGAGGCACGAGAUUCCUAAUUAAACUGGCAGCAAUCUUCAUAAAAGCAAUGCAGUCCCAUGAAGCAUUAAGAUAUUUUAUUAAUACAUCCAUGUUGGGUUUUUAUACCCCCCCCAAAAAAAAUGCUGCCAGAUGCAUUUGUAAGACAGGUUCACCCAUCAUGUUGUAACAGCUAUUUAUAUGUACGUUGGCACCAGCUCUGCUGCUGGAUGCAAUUGCUGUUGAAUAUUUUCCAGAAGCCCUUUAAUUUUCCAGAAGCUCUUGUAAGAAAGAGGUGGGUGGGUUUCAGACAAAAUCAUGCCUUGUGAGAGUAGGCUGCAUUCCAUACUGACUGUCCAAUGGAUAUUUAGCUAGAGACAUGACCAGAACAACACUCUCCUUCUUGUGUUACCCAUUAACUGGUAUUUAGACUGCCUCUGACACUGGAGCCAAUGGUGCCAUCACAACUAGUUGCCAUGAAUAUCUGUAUCUAUUUAAUCCCCCUUUAAAGCUGUGCAAGUAAUUGGUGCUCACUGCAUUGUGUAGCAAAUUUCCCAGUUUAAUUAACUGUGCUGUGUGAAGAACUAAUUCCUUUUGUCUGUGCUGAAUCUCUAUUCACUUUUAUUGGUUGAUCCCAAGUUAUAGUAUGAUGCAGAAGGGAGGAAACAAUUUUUCCCUACCAACCUUCUCCACACUUUCCCAUCAUUUUCUAUACCUCCAUCUUGUCCCCUCCCUUAAUCACCUUUUCCUACUGAGCUGUAAAGCCCCAAAUGUUACAACCUGUUCCGAUAAUGGCAUUUUUCUAGCCCCCUGAUCAUUUUGGUUGCCUUUUUCUGCUUUACAAUGUUCUUUUUGAGGGGUGGGGACAAGAAGCGUACAGUUUUCUGAGUGUGGUUGCACCAUAAAUUUGCAUGAAGGCAAAGUGGCACUUUUAUUUUCUAUUGACUGCCAGCAUUGAGUUUAGUAUAGUAUUGCAUUUUCCCUUCUAUAGCGGCACUACUUUUAUAAGUCCUUUUCAAGUCUUAACUCCGUCUGGCAAGUUUACUGCAUGAUAGGUGCAUCAGAACCUUGUGUUUUGCCCCUUUGCUGAUAAGGUCAAUAAUUCUAAGUAAUAAACAUGCUCUAUUCCAAGGUAUAAUGAGCUUCAACAGUGUAGCUUGGAAGAGGCGAAUCAUUAUUGCUUGGGUUUGUACCUAGAGGGAUUGAUCUGAUGCAGGCAACUUAAGAUGUUGGAAAUUAUUGCACUGUUUCUAAUCAUGGUUACAUUUCUAGUAUCCGGGAGCAGCAGUUAAACCAAUAAAACAUUGUGACUACCAUUUCAGUCAUAAAAUGACCAAUAGCCUUUAUGAUGGGCAAAAUAACCCGCUAUCUACUGUUAUUAGAGUUAUUAUUUUUGUAUUAAAGCCAGGGAAAAUUACAAAACCUGUGUUCUCCUUUGUCAUUUCACUUGCAUGAAUUCCUUACUUGAAUUUGCACUGAUGUACAUCGUACUUUGCAAAGCGAAAGGCAGCAGCGCUCGUCAUUUACACAAGACUGCGGGGCAGACAAGGAUGGCCCUUAAUAACAGGGGCUAAUUUUCUUUUGUUGCUGUUCUCAUUUCAGGUUCAAUGGAUCCAAAAGACUUCCUCAGGGAAGCACAGAUAAUGAAGAAUCUGAGACACCCAAAGCUCAUACAGCUCUAUGCUGUUUGCACUUUAGAGGAUCCAAUUUAUAUUAUUACAGAACUGAUGAGACAUGGAAGUCUGCUAGAAUACCUCCAGAGUGAGUAGGAAACAUUUCAUUUAGCAAUACUGUGUACUGCUUGUAGUAUAGCAAAUGCGCUAAUAAAAAAGAGACGGAAAAGAGAUGAGCAGCUCAAUAAACUCUGACUGGCUGUAGAGAUUGGUGGGGAAUCCACAAAAUGGCCAGGUGGUCUUUUUCUAUGUUUAGAUAGACUAUUUACAUUUUUAAAUUUAUUUAUUUUUUCUUCACAGUUCUUACAUUUGAAACAAUGAAAGAACUUUUAUUCCAAAACAUUUGGAAUAAAUCAAAUUGUCCCUUUCUCUUACCCAUUCAUCCCUUUUUGGUGGGCAUGUGUUGGGCAUGUGAAAAGAUUACAGCCUCAGUCCAGUAUACCUGAAGGAGCGUCUCCACCCCAUCGUUCAGCCCAGACACUGAGGUCCAGCACCAAGGGUCUUCUGGCGGUUCCCUCACUGCCAGAAGUGAGGUUACAGGGAACUGGGCAGAGGGCCUUCUCAAUGGUGGAACACCCUCUUACCAGAUGUCAAAGGAAAAAACAACUACCAGACUUUUAGAAGGCAUCUGAAGGCAGCCCUGUUUAGGAAGCUUUUAAUAUCUGAAGGACUAUUGUAUUUUAAUAUUUUGUUGGAAGCCGCCCAGAGUGGCUGGGGAAACCCAGACAGAUGGGCGGGGUAUAAAUUAUUACUAUUAUUAUUACUAUUAUUGAUACUGGGAAGUGAUUUAUAAUGAGAUGAAAAAAAUGUUUAAAACAACCUUCCCAAAAAGACUGGAAGCAUUUUUGUUAGGAAUGGUGCAGUCAGAAGUUGCCAAGUGGUAGAAAACCCUAUAUAUGUAUGCAACAAUGGCGGUUUGCAUUCUGUUAGCCCAAAAAUGGAAAGUGAGAGAGGUCCCGAGUAACGCUGGCAACUUAAGCCAAUAGAAUAUGCAGAACUAGCAGGUUUAACUAAGACAAAGAGAGCAAGAAAAAUAACUAUUUAAAGAGGAAUGGAAUUUUUUUGCUGAAUGUAUGGAAAAUAACUACACAUUUGAAAACGCUGGUAGCAUUUAGAUAGAUUCAACAGUUUAAUAACUAACUGAGUGAUGUAAAAUUGGAAAACUGACAAAAAUGGACAUUGUAAAAUAUGCAGGCAUAAUAGGUAAACAAAAUGAACCAGGGAAGGGGAAGAAGGGAAGUUAUGGAAUAUAUGGUACUAUGUAAAUGUUUAUCUUGAGAUGUUAAACGAAAAAAUAUUUUUAAAAACCAAAUAGUGUUAAAAGAGAAGAGUGAAAGAGAGAACAGAAAAGCAAAAUCAUUAUAUAUAUAUAUAUGGAUGCGGGUGGCGCUGUGGGUUAAACCACAGAGCCUAGGACUUGCCGAUCAGAAGGUCGGCGGUUCGAAUCCCCGUGACGGGGUGAGCUCCCGUUGCUCGGUCCCUGCUCCUGCCAACCCAGCAGUUCGAAAGCAUGUCAAAGUGCAAGUAGAUAAAUAGGUACUGCUCCGGCGGGAAGGUAAACGGCGUUUCCAUGUGCUGCUCUGGUUCGCCAGAAGUGGCUUAGUCAUGCUGGCCACAUGACCUGGAAGCUGUACGCUGGCUCCCUCGGCCAAUAAAGCGAGAUGAGCGCUGCAACCCCAGAGUCGGUCACGACUGGACCUAAUGGUCAGGGGUCCCUUUACAUACACACACACACACACACACACACACGGGGUCUGUUGUCAAAAUUCUUCAUUAGCUGCUGCCAGGUAAACAGAUGUUCCACAUUCCUUCUCAAUCACCAAAGAACCCUGUCAAAAACCUCCAAGCUUCUCCCGAUGUUCUGCUUUCAUUUGGGUCACUCUUUCAUUGGCUGCAGGGGUCAAAGACAAGUGAUCUGUAGCUGGUCUUGUUCCAUCUUCGCAAGAUCCAUCCCUUGGCCAUCAGCACUGCCCUUUGAACCCAAGCUGCUUGAGUCUUACUUAAUCCCUGCAUCUGAGGAGUGUAGCUUACAAAUACAGGGGUGGAUUUUGAAUAUUGCAUUAGGUUCAGGAGCCUGCAGACGUGAGCCCAAACUACAGUGCUGAAUGGCGCUGGAGCUCUACAGCCCCAAAGCUUACCUUUGCAAGCAAGAACUGCUCUUAUUUCUUUUGCAAGCAGCAUAACUUCACUGAGAUUGCUGGAACGCGUUGUGAGGAUGAUAUUGCACCUUGUUUGCUUUUUCUUUCCGGUACAUGGUUAUCCCAUCACAGAUGGUCUGUAAAAUGCAUGCAGGUUUAAGGUAAAGGUAAAGGGAACCCUGACCAUUAGGUCCAGUUGUGACCGACUCUGGGGUUGUGGCACUCAUCUCGCUUUAUUUGCCGAGGGAGCCGGUGUACAGCUUCCGGGUCAUGUGGCCAGCUUGACUAAGCCGCUUCUGGUGAACCAGAGCAGCGCACAGAAACGCCGUUUACCUUCCCGCCAGAGCGGUACCUAUUUAUCUACUUGUGCUUCCGAACUGCUAGGUUGGCAGGAGCAGGGACCGAGCAACGGGAGCUCACCCUGUCGCGGGGAUUCGUACCGCCGACCUUCUGAUUGGCAAGACCUAGGCUCUGUGGUUUAACCCACAGCGCCACCCGCAUCCCCGCAUGCAGGUUUAAGUACUGAUUAAUUUACUACUUUUCCUUAACAUGUAGCAGAUUUAAAAUAGAUUAACAGGAAAUGAUCUGUGGGGUAGUUUUCAAAGGCAAGUGUAAUGACCGAUUUGGACUUUUCAUUUUAUUUCUUAUCCACAUUUCUGUAUUUCUGUUUAUAUAUAUUCUAUUCCCACAACACCCCUAAGAUAGUUUAGAUGAAGAAAUUCUAAGAAUUAAGCAGGGAUUUGAAUCCAGAUCUUCCUGGUCUUGAGUCCAGUUCUCACAUCACUGUUUGCACAAUACUUCGGCCUAUCACUUGAAUGUGCAUUUGUGGAAAAAGUUGUUUUCAUCACAUGGAAAGAGUCAUCACAUGGAAAGAGGUGAUGAGAGUGAAGCCUUUUCUUCAUGCUGUGUUUAAAAGGUUUUGGAUGGUGCACCCUUGUGAGUCAUAUUGUUUGAACUGUUUGUCAAACAGUGCUGUGAAAGUAUCUGUAUUACGGUGUGUUCUUUCCUUGUCACCGAGAUAGCAUAACUAGCCCCUCCACACCUGUGAUUAGGCAUGAAGGCUUCCAAAUCAAAGCAUGUAACUUUUAAGUAUGCUUGGGCCUUGUCAGCUCAUAUUUUAGAUAUCAAGGUCUUCUACGCUUGUCUGUCCUGUCAGAGAGGUGUGUUGUCUUCAUAAGAGACGUGUGGUUGCCUUGAAAAUUACAGGAGAGUCACUGUACAAACAAAAGAUAAAAACAAAGACAAAUAGCCCGUGAAUAGAUGUGCUCAGGAGCAGUUCUGACGCUGUUCUUUCAGAAUUUGGAUUAGACAUAAUAGUAGUCUCUAUAAAACAUUGCCUUUUAGGACUUAAAGUUCAUGUGUAGAGAAAAUGCACGGGGUGGCAGCAUGGGGUGUGCAAGCUCAAUCCCCCCCCAAAAAACAAUUGUUUCCAUUGUCCUCCGACAUAUGGAGGGUGACUGUGCAAAGUGGAAAGCCUUCUGAGUUUAUGGAGGCCCUGCAACCAUUUUGGAAGCCUGGUUCUCUAAAAUUCAGGGGUAGCCACAAGGACAAAGGAGAGGCCUUGGGGGACCUGUCCUUAACUAGUAAUGAUGCUCAUAGACAUGCUAGUAGCAUCUGCAGCUUUCUGUGCCUUCUGAACUGAGCUGAGAAGCAGAUAAAAAAACUUCACAUUUUAUGCUCCUUGGGACCUAGUUCUGAUUCAGGUACUGUACUAUAAUGCUUGGCAAGAAAUUAUACUUCUGCAAAUGGCCAGAAGCAUAGCUUCAUGUACGCCGAGUCCUUUUCUUUGUGAAGUAAGUUCUGGUUAUUCCUUCUCCCUUCUUAAAUGCAAGUAAUGGGGGGAUUUGCUUGGGGAUGUGGACAUAACUAGCCAGAGAGGGAAGCUAGCAAGUGGGAAUGGGGCUUGCAGCAUUUCAAACCAGACCGAAAUUUCCAGGACCAACUUGAACCAGGUGACACUUUUUGAAUCUGUGGGGCAAUUAUAUUCCAUUGCCCCCAUUACAAUUUUGUCCCAUGUAUACUGAAGAAGGGACGCGGGUGGCGCUGUGGGUUAAACCACAGAGCCUAGGACUUACCGAUCAGAAGGAUGGCGGUUCGAAUCCCCACGAUGGGGUGAGCUCCCGUUGCUCGGUCCCAGCUCCUGCCAACCUAGCAGUUCAUGCUGGCCACAUGACCUGGAAGCUGUACACCGGCUCCCUUGGCCAAUAAAGCGAUAUGAGCGCCGCAACCCCAGAGUCGGUCAUGACUGGACCUAAUGGUCAGGGGUCCCUUUACCUUUACGUAUACUGAAGAAACUCAAGAAUUUCCAGACAAUGUAUUUUCUCACGAAGAUGAACUUUUCAUUUACCGUAAGUCUCCUCAUGUGGAUCCAUGUGAUAACGGAAGUAAAAUGCAGCCCUGCUAAAUUGCCAUCCCGUUGUAUGACUUUCAGGGAAAUCUAACUUUCAUGCUCAGAGACGAGUAAUGCCGCAGCAGUGCGUGCACAUCCUGAGAGCCCAUUUAAAAGCCCAAACCUUUAAAUCACAUAAGCAAUACUAUGAAGCAGACAAUUUUCUCAUGAGAUCUGUAGGCUGGGCCGAAAGUAAAUACAUGAAACAUCACUACUUUGUGGAUGUGCAAACAGUUAUUGAUGGAAAAGCUACAGAGGAAAAGUUGCUUCUGCAGUGUGCAGAAUGUAUAGCAAAGAGUAAGUUGCAUUUCAAGGUGAAAUAAAAUUGCCAUAAGAAAGACACAAUGAUAGAUAUUUCAGAUUCUUGUUACAAUAGGACAAAUACUCUCAAUUAGGUAAUGGUUGUCAAGGAGAGCCUAUGCAGGUUUCUGUUCGCUAUGGAGACCUUGCCUUACAUAAUACGGUGUUUGUAAUGUUUCAUCUAGACUUGAAGAUAAAUCUUAACAGUUGUUGAGCAGCACAGUCCUAUCCAUGCUUAUUCACAAGCAAGUGUUAUUUAUUUCAUUGGGACAAGGCUUGUGGUUUCCACAAGCGAUGUUAAGGUUGUCAGUUUCCUCAUUUGGUCUUGCAGUGCGCUGCUUGUGCCUGCCAGAGAGAAAUGAUAGAAAAUUGGCAUUCUAGGGAAUGAUUUUUUUUCUUUGUUUGACAGAUGUGGCAAGGGAGACUCUAAAUGUGUGGGACUAGGGCCUUGAGUGGCUGCCUUUGGGCACAUACCAGGGGAAGGAUAGUAUCUGGGGGGAUCUGAGUCAGAGUCCUGGAGCCUAUGUUUCAUUGAGGAUAGCAUGAGGAACAGCAGGUGGAAUAUACUUGCUCCUGAUGUUAUUAUAUUCCAUAUGAAAUUUUGCAUUUUGUAUAGCCAAUAUUAUACUGUAUAUGCUGCAUUGUAAUUGCAAUAGAAAAGUGAGAUAUACAUAUUAAAUCUAAAACAAAAGUAGAGUAAAUACAAUAAAAACCCAGCAUCACAUCCAUGAGAAUUUCACUGUCGUCUUCUCUCUCCUGUGCUAAUUUUAGAAUGCAAAUCUUUUCUCUAUAUUUGAUGGAUAAUGGGGGAAAGUGUUGAAAAGCUUUCCAAAGUAGCACUAAUACAAUCCUUGACUUUGUUUUCCAAAAUCACAUUGCCGUCCCUGCUGACUAGCUGUCUCAGGCCUUGUAUAUACAUAACAUGUAUAUACAUAUGUGCAUGCAUAAUCAGCUUACAAUUUAUUCACAGAUGAUGCAGGAGCCAGGAUCCGUUUGCCACAACAGGUGGACAUGGCUGCUCAGGUUGCCUCAGGAAUGGCUUAUCUUGAAUCUCAGAACUACAUUCACCGUGACUUGGCAGCCAGAAAUGUCCUUGUCGGUGAUCACAAUGUUUACAAAGUGGCAGAUUUUGGACUUGCACGAGUUUUCAAGGUAGGCUGUACAGUGGUACCUCGCAGGACGAAUGCCUCGCAAGACAAAAAACUCGCUAGACGAAAGGGUUUUUUGUUUUUUGAGCUGCUUUGCAAGACGAUUUUCCCUAUGGGCUUGCUUCGCAAGACAGAAACGUCUUGCAAGUUUGUUUCCUUUUCUUAACACCGUUAAUACAGUUGCGACUUGACUUCGAGGAGCAACUCAUAGAACGCGGUGUGGUAGCCUUUUUUGGGUUUUUAAAGACUUUGGUGAUUUUUGAAGCUUUUCCAAAACUUUCCCGACACCGUGCUUCGCAAGACGAAAAAAUCGCAAGACGACAAAACUCGUGGAACGAAUUAAUUUCGUCUUGCGAGGCACCACUGUAGUACAAUUUCACAAUUUACUUCAGUCACACUUCUUUAUCCUGCUCCAUGGUUAGUCAUGAUGCUGUUAAUUUGAACUAGGUCUUUGAGAACCCCUGAUUUGUUGAACGGCCUAUUUGAAUGUAUUAUCUUAAUGUUGUUUUGUGUUUAAGUGAUAGUUUUUUUGGGGGGUGCUGUUGUUUUAUAUUAUUUGUUUGUCAUUGUAUAUCUUAUAUUAUUACUUGUGAAUCACUCUGUGAUUUUUUUUAUUAUAAUGAAGAGUAGCCUGUGAAUGAAAUGAUAAUAACAGUAACAUGGGAGUUCUUUUCUUUUUUAAAAUCUGGGGAUAAGUAUACUCUUCCUUUGCUCUGUGUUUUUUAAAAAAAUUGGUCCUGGAGAUCAAGAAAAUGAAAUAAAGACAUGCUGUUUGCAGCAGCACCUGCAGUCUUCAUUUAAAAAUUGAGAAGCAUCCUAAUGUUCUCCCAACUCUCAAGCAAUAAAAGUCUUAGAAAAUGGGUCUCAGGAAGGAAACAGACUAACCUCUGAAAACCUCAAUUACAAGUAAACAAUUCUCCAUUUAUUCUCCAAUGCCUGUCAGCUUGCUUUGCCUAAAUUAAUUGGUGCCACUCUGAACCAAUAUAUUAAUUUAAAUCUUUCCCAAGUCUCAAGCAAUAAAAGUCUUAGAAAACAGGUCUCAGGAAGGAAAGAGACUAACCCCUGAAAACCUCAAUUACAAGUAAACAAUUUUCCAUUUAUUCUCCGAUGCCUGUCAGCUUACUUUGCCUAAAUUAAUCGGUGCCACUCUGAACCAAUAUAUUAAUUUAAAUCUCUCACAGUCCGUAUUUUUAGUCCUGGAACUGUUUAAGUGAUGAUUAUCAAAGUCAAUGGCCCUUUGGUGCCAGCAAUUAAUCACAAAACAAAGGUUCCUGAAUGCAUUAGCUCUUGCUGUCGCCUUGUCUUCUCACGGAAGGCCAGACAUGAGUCCUGUGCCUCUGGUGCCAGCGGGAGGCUUGUGCUGCUGUCAUUGCCAAAUUCAGGAUUCUCAGUGGUAGGCCCCAAUUAAUGACGGGCGUUUCAAUAUCGCAUGUAUGCUUGGCAAAACAAGGCCAAGGAAUGAAUGAAUGAAUGAAAAAUUCUGUCUCCCUAGCUCUGGCUGGCAAGGCACAUCUUUAAAAUCCCAUUGAUUUUUGACAUUGUGGUUAACAAUGAAUGAACAAUUUUGUGAUAAUUAAUAUGAGGUUUAUAACCUGUACUCUCCAUGGAGCCCUAAAAAGGAGACAACAGCUUUUGAAAAGAAGGAAAAUGCUAUUUAUUGGGUUGUAUCCAGCACUCUGCAUGCAUGGUUCCACAGUGGGGACUCCCCAUCACCUUCUGGAAUUGGUUUGGAAAGUGCGCAGGUAGCUGGAAGGGAUGGGGGGGAUCAUGGUGUCCAUGUAAGUCUGUUGUUUCAGCUUGAAUCAUAAGAUAGGUUAACUUCCCAAGAGUGUCUGAGGAAACCUAGCCACAUGGGUGGGGUAUAAAUAAAAUAUUAUUAUUAUUAUUAUUAUUAUUAUUAUUGAAGUUCAUGAAACUAAUGUUAUCCAUCCCCUCCCCCUGCUUACAGCUGGCUACUCCCCCCCAUUCAAAGUCUGUUUUCUUAGAACCCAAACAACAGGUUUUUUAAAAAUAUAAAUUGCAGCCAAGACCAAAAAAGCUUUUACUGUCACCGUGACCAUCCUCACUUACCUCAAGUAGUGCCAGUCAUGGGCCUAGUCCCCCUAUAGCAUAUAUACCAGUUUGCCAGAUUCUCCAUCCUUCCAUUCAUUCCUAUUUUCUAUCUUGAAGAUCUUUUCCAUCUCCCAUUUGAUGGGCACAGCUCCAUCCAUGCAUAUUUUUAAUCCCUCCAUUUUUUUUUGCUGUUCCUAGAACUUAAACCACUGUAUGGCUGCUAAAUACUGCAAUUUUUGCCCCAGUAUUCCUUUUCCCACAUUCUUGUGCCAUUUUGAUUGCUUCCAAUCCCAUCCCAUUUCCCUGUGUAUUUUUUUGAGGAACUGUACAGUUAGUCUUACUCCUUUCGUUAUGUGGGGGUGAGAAUAUAUUGUGACUUACGCAACCUUAACACCAGCAGUGGUGAUUUCUUUGAGGGAAAGUGCUUCAAUUGUAGUUCUUAGGCAUCACAAAAAGGCAUAGGGAAAUUGAAGGGUGUCUUUUCAUUAGGAAAUUGAAGGAUGUGUUUGAAUCCAUUUCAAAUUUCAAGCUCCCUUGUCUUCUAUGCAAAACAAAAUGUAUAUAGAACCAAACAUCGCCCCCCCGAAAGUACCUACCUGCUACACAGGCAGCUGUUGAAACCAUCUAAUCCUAUAAAUUCACUGUUUAUAUUCUGAAAUUGUUGUUGUUGUUGUUUGCAUAUGAUAGCUAGGAAAUGAAAAUGUGUACGAAGCCAAACAUGAAACAAAACUGCCUGUGAAAUGGACUGCUCCUGAAGCAAUCCGCUCCAAUAAGUUUAGCAUCAAAUCUGAUGUCUGGUCAUUUGGAAUACUCCUGUUUGAAAUAACCACAUAUGGAAAGAUGCCUUAUUCAGGUGAGUGCUCUGUUCAAAAGCAGUAAUUGCAAAGACCCUUGGUGGGUCUUUCUAGUCCCCUGCCCCACUGAACUGAAGGAUCCAGUCUUCCAUGAUUUUGCUUAGCUGGAACCAAUUCAGUUUUCUGUGAUCUCUUAGCCAACUGGCUGUGCACCUAGGCUAAUGUGCUAGGAAGGAAGGAAGGAAGGAAGGGAGUUAAAGAUGCUGAUUCUAGGUUCACACAUAGAUUAAAAAGAAUUAAGUGGAGGCUCCUAUAAGAGAAUGCAUUAUAGACUGAUGAUGCUUGUAGAAUCACCACAGAGAAUUCUCUGUAUGAACUAUCACUUUAUACAUGCUUUAGUUUCAUCAUCAUCAUCAUCAUCAUGUAUUAUUGAAAACCAUUCUGUUUUAGGUUUGACAGGCGUUCAAGUACUCCAGAAACUGGAUCAAGGGUACAGAAUCCCUCAACCAGAAAACUGUCCCCAAGAGCUGUAUAACAUCAUGCUGCAAUGCUGGAAUGUUGAGCCCAAAGAACGACCCACCUUUGAAACGUUGCAUUGGAAACUGGAAGAUUAUUAUGACAUGGAUUCUACGUCCUAUGCAGAUGCAAGUGUUUUCAUAAAAUGAAUGACAUAAUCUUGCUGCUGGUCAUUUAAGUGAGGAUGACACCCCCCAACUGUGUUCCUUUAGCAAAUACGUUCCUUCUACAUUAUAAUGUCAAAUUGUAGAACAUGUAUUCAUACACACAGACACACAAUGGACCAAGGUGUGUGCAAUAUAUAUGCCUAACAUCUCCUCAGUCUGUUUCUUCCAUUGCCAAUGAGAGCAAUUUGGUUGUUAGGCUGCCAAGCCGUUAAUCUAUGUAAAGCUGCUAUCUCUCUGCAGCUUUUCCGAAGUAACUUUGGGAGCAUUCUAACCUCAAAGUAGAUGAAUGGAGAGGUUAAAAUAGUGAUGAAUAGUAAGGAAUGAGUUCUUAUUAAAACCUGUGACAAUACGCCAAGAUCUUGAUGGCAUCAGCUUGUCUUAAUAGAUUAAGCAAGCUGAAAGGCAGGAUUUCUUAAAAUAACUUUUUGCUGUACAAUGAAGUUUCUCUUCUAUUUAUUAUUUAAACAGGAGAUGGCAAAAAGCAGCAACACCACAAAUCAUAAACAGAUAGCUUCUGCACAAUAGGCAAUAAAACACUGCACUUGUUAUGUAUAGAAUUUGUUAUUUGUUACUCUUCAGAUUCCACUGCUUAUCUGCUAAAUCCCAUCAAUCAGUGAUUAUGAAGGAAUGUGAUUGCUGUUAUGCACAGCAGGACCUGUGCAUCAUGAUGUUUUCCUUUUUCUCCUCUGAACAUCCCAUGGCUACAAUUUUGGUAAUGUUGCCUUGAGCGUCUUCAUUGUACAUGGAAUAAAUGUAUGUUCGCUUGAGAGGGGGCGGGGAACUGAUAGUAAAUAGAAAAUAUAAACAUUUGUCAGAAAUAAAGUGAUUCUUGAAAGAAGGUCUGCGUUACGGUAUGUUGAUGAGCCAAAGAUCAUAAAUGUAUGUUUUCCUGUGAAUUGCUUUUGUGAUACAUGUGAACCCAGCAUAUGCCACUGCAGUAGAUCCUUUAUUUGUUUUAGGGCUCCAUUCAUUCAUUCAUUUUUGCAUUUCUUCCAAGCAGUGCAUUGAAAUACUACGGAAGAAGUCCAAUUGAACCCACUGAUUAUUUUGCUUUUAUCUUCUCCAUAGAACGCUAUCCCUGUGUGGGCUUGCUGUGGACACCAGCAAUACAACAGAUCUGUUGGUGUUUGCACCAGUGUUGAGUGGUUGGGCCCUUCAUCCAAGGCUCCUAUUUUAUGCAGUGGCUAUGGAUAAAAUAGACUGUAUUUGUGGGAAUAUGGUAGCGCUCAAGUGCAAUUCUGAUAGUGACAUCUGUUUUGUCCUGCCGUGGAUGCCAUUUGUUUAGAAUGGUUGCCUAUAAAAUGUCUCUCUCUCUGUGUGUAUGUAUGUAUGAUGUGCUUACUUUUUAAAGAAAGGAAAUAAUUUAAAAUUGUUUAUUGUUUACAUCUUUGGGUGUUAUUUUGGGCUGGAUUGUUUUCUAUACGCAUAUGCUGCAGUUGACUCCAAGGGAUCCUCACACAACAGGGUUGAUGUUGCCAGCCUUCAUGCAACGUUUGCAGACAUCUUUAUAACACAGACGUGGUCUGCCAAUGGGCCUGGUGCCUGAAGCCAGCUCCCUGUAGAGCACAUCCCUGGGGAUCCUGCAAUCUUCUGUUGUAUGUACACGACCAAAACAGCAUAGACGUCGCCCAGACAGGAAUGGGAAGAUGCUAGAAAUGUGGACUUGGGAGAGGACAUCCUAGUGGGUGUCAGUUGCCUAUGACUCACUUCCAUAAAGCAGUGUGCUCAGCAUGAAAGCCUGGUAGAACGUUACCUUGGUAUUGGACUUCAGCAUCACAUUCUCCCAUACCCUUUUGGAGAGGUGAGCCAUUGCCAUAGCUGCCUUGCCAAUACGCUUGUCCAGCUCAGCAUUGAUGGAAAGGUUGCUGGUUAUGGUGGAGCCCAGGUAGACAAAAUUGUGUACCACUUCAAGAGUGUGGUCACCAGUGCUGAUGUGUUGGUGAUGCUCUGACCCAGGAUGUUGGUCUGCGUCAGGCUGAUGAGGCCGGAUUCCAUGCAGGCUUGGGCAAAACAGUUGAUGAAUCUCUGUAGAGCUUCCUCAGAAUGUACUGUCAAGGCUGCAUAAUCUGCAAACAACAUCUUUCAGAUAAGAGCCCACUACCCCUUUGUCUUGGCAUGGAGAUGUCUAUGACCAACAGUUCUUUUAAUAUGUUGUAUCCUUUUCCCCCCUGUGGCACUUGUCGUUCUCUAACCUACUGUUGAGAUAUCAAAAGCUGAUAAAUGAUGCUUUAUGU